UUUAACUUGACAACAAAUUCUACAGAAAAAUAAAAAGGCUAAGCGCCCAUCUUAUUUACCUCUUUCCAAUCCUUGAUUUACUCCCCCAUUACAUUUCAUUUGAUAUAAAAAAAAAGCCAUUAUGCGCUUUACUCAUUCCUCUCUUUUUGCUUUGACUACGGUCAUCACUUCUUCUUUGCUCUAUCAAGCUCAAUCAGCCCCAGUAUUGAAGGAUGUAACCGAUGCUACUUUGAAUGAGGAACAUCGUGUUGUAGCAUUCAAUUCUGGUGAAACUGGUGUCAAUGAAUGGACACAUCAUCUUGAAAAGAGAUGCAGCCAUCAUGUUGCUAGUGCUAAAAGAAGAACAACAAAGAAAAAGACUACAAAGAGAAAGAAGUCCUCGAAGAAGAAGACCACCAAGAGAAAGAAGUCUUCCAAGAAGUCUUCCAAAAAGAAGACCAAUAAGAAGAAGAAGACCAAUAAGAAGAAGAAGACCACUAAGAAGAAGACUACCAAGAAGACUACCAAGAAGACCACCAAGAAGAAGACUAUCAAGAAGACCACUAAAAAGCAUUCUUCCUCUUCAGGAUCAGGUCAAGUCCAUAGUGGCGAUGGUACCUACUAUACUCCUGGACUUGGUUCCUGUGGUAUCGAAAGCACUGAAAGUGAAAUGGUUGCUGCAUUGGUAAAGUAUUACACAAUUAUAUUUUGCAAUUUAGAUUAAUUUAUUCUUUUUAGAAUGCCCCUGAAAUGAACAACCCUGCCAACCCUAACUUGAAUCCACUCUGUGGCAAAUACAUUACUGUCAAAGGCCCCAAAGGUUCUGUUCGUGUAAAGAUUGUUGAUACAUGUCCCCCUUGUGCCAAGGGUGAUGUUGAUUUAAGUGUCGCUGCUUUUGGCAAGAUUGGUGAAUAUGUCGAUGGUCGUAUUCCAAUUACAUGGCAAU